UGCUCUUUCUUUAUAAAUUUUAUUAUUAUCGGACUAAUUAAGUCUCAGUGAAAAAAACAUCUGAAAUUCAACCCUUGCAUCCAAAAUGAGUUUCUAGUAAAAAUAAAUAAAAAAUGGUAUAAGCAAGUUAAUGCAAAGGACAACAGAAAAUUAAUAACAAUAAUUGUGGAUGCACUAAAAGAUUUUACGCCUCAUUAAGCAGUAACAAGCAAUAGAACGUUACAGUUCUUAUGGAAAAUUUAUAAAGGGACAGAAAAGUAAACAAUAAAUCGGGUUCUUAGAAACAUCUACCAGUUUUUAGUUUCUUUUUGAUUUAUGGAUUUAAAUUAAAUUUAAACAGACAGAGUAUACUAGACGUUGGACUUGCUUCUCAAUGCCAUUAAAUUGGAAGUAAAAUCUAAACUAGGUAUGUCUAUGCAUGUUCGAAUAAAGAAAAAACCAAUUUAAUUUUGCCAGCGCGCCAGGACUUUAAGGAGAGCAAAUAAGUGUACGUGUAGUUAUUUGUGACUACGAAGAAAUUGAGAGCAGUCACAGAGGCACUCAGUGGUCGUUUCAACAUCGCCGUUAACGUUAUCAUGCCAGGGCCGUGUCAACGCCUCCGCUUACCCUCUUUGGCGGCGGUGAUGCGUACAACACGCGCUUCUACCACCGACUACACCACCAUUGCAAUACGCAAGGAGCAGCGACGUGUGGUCAUGAUGGGAGCUGCACGUGUUGGAAAGACUUGCAUUAUUUCACAAUUUCUCUAUGAUAAAUUUCAAGCCCGCUACAAACAAACAGUGGAGGAGUUGCAUCGUGGGGAAUAUGAGCUGCCAGAUGGCUCGGCAUUAACGUUAGACAUUUUAGAUACAUCCGGUUCGUAUGAAUUCCCCGCAAUGCGUACUUUGUCGAUAUCAGCAGCGGGCGCCUUCAUCUUGGUGUAUGCGGUUGAUGAUAAGCAAUCAUGGUUUGAGGUGGAAAGACUAAGGAAACAGAUAAUAGCAAAGCGUGGCCUCAAGGUGCCCAUUGUCAUCGUUGGUAAUAAGAUGGACAUAAACGAAGCCGAUCGGCAGGUGCAGCAUGAGGUCACUGAAAUGAUUGUAUGUGAGGAUUGGAAAUGCGGUUACAUCGAAUGUUCGGCUAAGGAGAAUGUAGGCAUUGUAGAGAUUUUCAAAGAAUUGUUGGUACAAGCGAAUAUUCGGUACAAUCUAAGUCCUGCCGUGAGGCGACGAAGGCAAUCACUACCUUCCUAUAGCAGCGCAGCAGCAGGAAUAACACGUACCAUAAAAAAUCCAUCACAUAAAUAUACAUUAAAGCGUCACUCAUGCACUAUGACAUGAAGGGUAUAAACGAAGGCUAGUAAAGACAAUGUGGUUGAGAACUCAAUAUUUGUAUAAAUAAGGAGCUGCUUGGACUUUUUGGAUAUUGGUAAUGGAUAGUGCAAAACAGAUGUUAAACCUUUUGAAGUUUAAAAGAAAUUCGCCAACAAUGAAACCCUAACUUAGGCUUAUAGAAAUAUUACACUUACACUUAUAGUGUCAAAAUCAUUUUUCUGCCAACAGUUCUUUUAGAGCUAACGAGGACAGUGAAAACAAUGCUGAAAAUUAUGCAAUUUCGGUUAGGCAUUAAAGCCAUUAUUCCGAUUUGUUUUUGUUUUUUCUAGAUAUGUAUCGAAGGAAAACAAAAAAUUUAAUGAGCUUAUUCUUUUGCCUGGGAAAUGGAAUACAUGAUAAUCCAAAAAACGUGUUCGCAUAGCAUUGGACUUCUCAACUGACAUAAAACAAUAAGAAAACGCCAAAUUGUGUAGUUCGAGAAAAAUGCAGUGAUAGAAGUAUUUUUGAAAGAAGUUAUAUUAGUUUU